GGCGGACCAAGACGACGGAGAUUUGUCGCCUCAGCAAACUGAACAUUUGCUGCAAUUUCAGAACAAUUGGGAAAGGAGAAAAAUGCAAUGAGAUUAAAGAGGAAAAAUAUUGAACAAUUAGAGAAGGAGAAGAAUGCAAUGAGAUUAAAGAGGAAAAAUAUACAACUUGAGAAAGAGCGUAAUGCGAAGAGAUUGAAAUGUAAAAAUGCAGUUGGAAACGAUCGAUUUGGUGAACUCAUUAAUGAAUUUCAGAGAGAUGUAUCUGAAGGACCAGAAUAUGAUUUGACAGGCAUUGAAGACAUGCAACAAUGCCGGAGAGUCCUGCAAAGCCACAACUGGAAUAUUGAAUCAGCAGUACACGACACACUCAAUGUAGCAGAAGGUUCCCCACCAGUAUUUCAAGAACCUCCCCCUCCACCAAGACCAAGUAUGAGGCCACCACAGGUUGAUAUUCAGCCCCGAGACAUGAGGGUUUACACAAUAGCUAGAAAACAUCCAAUGACAUGGCUGCAGUGGGGAUAUAUGAUUGUUACUCUACCUUUUCGCUUUGUAUAUACAACUAUUAUGGACAUGUUUAGAUUUACACUUAGUUUCAUUAGACCGGAUCCCCGGAGAAUUGUAACUGAUCCCAUAGGUGAUGUUAUGACAUUUAUACAAAAAUAUGAAGAAACGUAUGGGCGUAUUCAUCCUAUAUUUUAUCAAGGUACCUACAGUCAAGUUUUAAAUGAUGCGAAAAGGGAAUUGAAAUUUUUAUUAGUUUAUCUCCAUGGCAAUGACAAUGCUGAUACUAAUGAAUUUUGUCGGAAUACUUUGGGCAAUAGGGAUGUGUGUGAUUUUGUAAAUACUAGAAUGUUUUUCUGGGCUGCAUCAGUGAGCACACCAGAGGGAUAUAGAGUAUCUUUAGCACUACGUGGCAACUUUCAACCGUUUUUAGCUCUGAUAGUUCUCAGAGAAAACAAGAUGACAGUAGUGGCGAGGAUAGAAGGUCCCAUAGAGGCUGAGGAUCUCUUAACUAGACUAACACAAAUAAUGAAUGAUAAUGAAGGUUCCUUAGCUGCUGUCAGAAUGGACCGAGAAGAAAGAAAUCAUACACAUAUAUUGAGACAGGAGCAAGAUGUUGCGUAUUUGGAGUCACUUAGGGCAGAUGAAGAGAAGGAAAGAAAAAAAAUGGAAGCAAAGCAAAGAAUUGAACAGGAAGAGGAAGAUAAAUUGAGAAAAGAAGAUGAAAAGAAAAAACUGUUAGAGGAGAAACAACGAUUAAAAAUUUGUAAAGCCGAAAAUUUACCCUGUGAACCACUCUGUGAUGACCCUGAUGUAGUUAAACUUGUUAUGAAAUUUCCAAAUGGUACACGAAUAGAAAGAAGAUUUCUUGAUUCUGACUCAGUUGAGGUGUUGUAUGACUAUGUCUUCUGCAAUGAGAAUGCUCCCGAAAAGUUUCAAAUUGUGACAAACUUUCCCAGAAAGGUUUUAUCAUGCCAGACGUCAGAUGACUGUCCCAAACCGCCAACUCUGUCCGAAGCGGGUCUUGGAAAAACUGAAAUGUUAUUUGUGCAAGACAUUGCUGAUGAUGAUGAUGAGGAGGAGGAAUCAUAGUAACUGCUGUUUUGUUGCUAAAUUGAGAAAAAUAAAAACACUAUAUGUCUGCCACACAAUGACUGCCACGUCGUGGGAUAAGUUUUUGUCACACUACGGAUGUAAACAGUCGCAGUACCCCGGUAUCAGUGCCAGUAUGUCAGUCUGACAAAUCCAGUAUGUCAUUUUUUUUUUUUUUUUUUGUAGGGUUUCAUGUAUGUACAACUUUCAUAACACAGUUCUAUGUAUGCGUACAUGAGACUGGCUCUAGAUGACAGCAUUAAGUGUUAUCAUUUUAAUAAAAAAAUCUAUAGUCAUUUAAUUAAUUGUCUUUUGUUUCUUAAAGAAACAAGAGGAUUGAUCAUCAUGUUUAAGCAGUUUUAUGCUCAUAUUUUACUAUCAAGAACAUGUUAAUUUGUUAUCAAAAGAACACCUUCGAAAUGUUUAUCAUUA